AUGUACGUGCAAAGAUUCAUGUAAGAAAAACAAAAAUAACUAAACUGGGAAAUUUAAUCUUUUUAAUAUUGUCAACAAUGGUCUAAAGCAAUUAAGGACUAUAUAAUUAGAUCUUAUCUAUAGUAUACAUACACGCAUCGUGGCGCCAAAAUUUUACACUAUUUCUGUAUAAAUAGCAAAUUUCGUAUUAUUUUAUUUUAUUAUUUAAUUUUCAUAGUUUCGAAGUUUUUCUCAAGUAGUGAUGAAGAAUGAAAAAUAUUAUACAGUAUUUUGAGGACGCUGUGUCACAAUCUAACGGUAACAUAUCAAUGCAUUCCAAUAAUGAUACGAAAGAAGAAACAAAGUAUAAAAAUUCUAAAGAGAAACGUAAUCAUGUGAAAAUUAAAAUAUCUCGAACGAACUCUAAAGAAAGGGUGUGUGACAUCGUAGAAGAUGGCAAUGAUAUGGUUAAUAAAACGCCUAGUCCAUUUGCUAAACUAAAUAACAAAGAUAAAAAAUCACCCAAACAAUCUUGUUCUCCAAAAAGUAUUCGAAAGAUUUUAAAAAAAAACAAAUCAACAGAUCAACCUUUGGAUUGUUUAAAAUCAGAAACGAGUAACUUGAAUGUCAAAAAUGAAGAGCAAGGAAAUAAGGAAGAUAAUACUCGAAUUUGCUCAAGUAAUAAUAAAAAAUAUAAAAAAGGCUCAAACAAUAAAACAAAUAUCAAUGAAAAUCUAAAUAUAGAUAAUACAAUGAAAACUAAGCAAAUUAUUGAUGAUGUAAUAAAUAUUGAUUCCAAUGAAAUUGAAAGUCGAGAAGAAUCAAAUGCUUUCCAAAUUCUUAUGAAUCGUAACAAGGUGACUCACUGUGUAUCACCAGUAAAACUAUUUCCUCAAAAUGAGGAAAUAACUAAUAAAAAGUCAGAAGAAUAUAGAGAAAAAUUAAAACGUUCUAAAGAGAAAUUAAUAGGAUUAGCUGAUAAAAAAGGAUAUUCUAAGAGAAAACUUAUAGAGAUAGAAGAAGCAGAAAAAAUAGAACAGGUGAUACAAAGUCGUGUAAAAAUGUUUAAAAGUGAAGAGAAGAAGAAUAAUGCGAAUACAAAUGUUUCAAAUCAUAAACAUUCACCUGGUAGUUUGUUAAAUUAUUUCAGCAAAACUCCAAUGAAUUUAGUACAUGCAGCUAUGACAAAUAUGUCCACCACUGUAGUAAAAGCUGACGUACACAUGACAGAAAACAACAGUAGAUGUAAUUUACAUAAAUCAAGUUUAAAUAAUAAAGUACAAUCAAAUAAGAAAACUAAUGAAUUUGAAUUCUCCCAAAUGGAAGACAUUAGAAUCAUAGAAUCUGAAAAUGUUGAUGUCUUGAAAGAUAAUAAAAAACAACAGAAUAAACAGCUUUACAAGCAUAGAUGGUCGUUGAGAAUAAAACUUCAAACUUAUGAAAAUGAAAAUGCUUCACCAGGUGAUAGCAGUGAUGAAGAAUUAUUCUCACCAACAAAUAAAGUUAAAUUAAAUAUGAAGAAUCGUAAAAAGUUUGGAUCAAUUAAAGAUUCAGAUUUAGAAAACUUGUCAACAAAAAAAAAAAAUGAAAAAAAGAUAUCAAAUAUCAAUAUUAAUAGAAAUACAGAAUUAGAAUUAAAAAAACAUGAACAUUCGGAAAGUUUGGAGAAUAAUAAUAAGUGUUUAAAUGACAAAUUUGAAAAUAAACAGAAAUUCGUUAAAUUUGGUCAGCAGGAAUUAACUUUGAUAAAAGAUUUUAAUACAAAUGUAAAAAAUUGUGAUAAUAUUAAUUUAGGAAAUAUUGCAGAAGAUAAACAAAGCGAAGAAGAUUGUAUUGUAAUUAUUAAUAAGAAAUUAGCCCCUUUAUUUACAAAACGAAGAAAGCUAAAUCCAGAAUCCAGUAAUUUAUCUUGGAAUGAAACUAGCAUUUUUAAUAUACCAAAGAAAAUUUGUAAUGAUUAUAUUCCAGUUACAGACAUAAAGAAUUUCAGAUCAUUAAUAGAUUUCUCCAAAAAAAAAUCAGAAUCUUUGGAAAAAAUUAAUAAACCGAAAAUUCAAGACGCAUUGACAGAUAUAGAGAAGCACUGUUCAAAUGUUAGAGACAUGUGGAAUGUUAUUUCACUUGUUAAAAAACAAUCUAAUAAAGUAGUAUCUCCUAAAGUAAGAGGCAAAAAGAACAGACAAUUGGGAAAAAAGGAAACAAUGGAACACAAAACUGAAGAAGAUCAAUUAGAAUGUUGUAGUUGGACUUACAAAUAUAGACCAAAAAGUUCUCGAGAAAUAGUUGGAAAUAAAGAAGCGGUGGCAAAAUUGAAAGAAUGGCUAAUUGGAUGGAAAAAAGAAUUUACAAAUGACAAUGUUAGUAGUGGAGAUGAAUUUUAUUCAUCUGAUAGUUGUCAAACAAAAAUUAGUGAAAAUAAUCAAAUAGCUGUAUUACUCGGACCACACGGAUGUGGUAAAACUGCUAGCGUAUAUGCAGUAGCAGAUGAAUUUGGUUACACUGUAUUAGAGUUGAAUGCAUCAUCUAGAAGAACAGGGAAGAAACUUGUAAAGGAAUUGAAAGAAGCAACUAAAUCACAUAGAAUUAAGAAAGAUGAGAAAACAUCUGCAUUUUGCGAUUUAAUUUCAGAUGAGAUUGUACCAAAGAAAAUACCGCAAAAUUCUCUCAUUCUUUUAGAAGAUGUUGAUAUUAUAUUUGAAGAAGAUGAAGGUUUUAUUUCUGCUACAUAUCAAUUGGCAUCAAAUUCAAAGCGUCCAAUUGUUAUGACGUGCCGAGAUGUUUAUCCCCAUCUUAAUAAAAUGGCAUCUCAGCAAAAUAGAAUCUAUUUUCAAGAGCCUACUGCUAAUAGAGUUUCUGUUUUAUUAGAAUUAAUUUCAUUGGCAGAAACUGGUUAUAAACUUCCAUUUAAUUGCAUAACAGAAUUAUUGCAAAGUGGUGAUUUACGAAAAGCUAUAUUACAAUUGCAAUAUUUAUUAUUAUCUGGCCCACCACGUAUAUUAGAACAGACCAUAAAUUUUAAAAAUUCAUUUUGGCAAAAUGUACGGUAUUAUGUAUAUAAGCCAGCAAUCAAAGUAAGUAAAAACAGAAAAACAAAAAGAGCUACAAAUCACAAAGUAAUAAACGAUGAUAGAAACAUAAUAAGUGAUAUAGCAAACAAAUUAGAUAAUAUAGCUUUAGUCUCAUCUUUAAUUGAAAUAGAAGACUCUGCGUUAGACUUUUGGCAAAUAAAAACACAACCCAAUUUAUCUUUGCUUGAAAAUACUGCUUUGUAUUCAGCUUCUAGUAAUAUAAGUCUAGAAUUGGCUGAAUGGAUAGGUAGUACAGUUAUAUGUAAAGAGCAGUUAAACAAGUACAAUGGAAUACAAUAUCCAAAUAGCAUUAUGUUAAAAAAACAAUUAAAUAAAGGAGUGAACAUAGCCUUGUCACAAACUACAUCAUUAUUACUCGAUCAUAAAAUUAUAGCUACAGAUUAUAUCCCAUCUAUAAGAACAAUAUGUAGAGCAGAAGAAUCAAGAGCUAAUAGCAAUAAUAAAAGAGGAAAUCGAUUCUUUCAUUAUCUUCAUAAUCUAAAAACAUCAUCUACAUUAUUCAAAUCUAAUGUUUUAGCAGCAGCAUGCAAAAUAAUGUAUGAUAAAGUUGAUAAUGAUGCACAAAAUGAAAAUAUCAAUUCCAUAUAA